AUGGCUUGGCAUUCGGUGACUGGCCCGAAGGGUUCUGCCGAUCGGACCUGGUAUGGCAACACAAGCGCCCAGGCCUUGAACGCGUCCAUCAACCCCCCCGCAUCCACCCGGCCCCCUCAUCUCCUCCUCCCGGUUCGCGACCCCUCUGCGUCGACGAUCAUCCACUGGAUCAACAUCGGCAAAGCAUACGUGUCCUUCUACAAAUCCGGCGUCAAAGCCGUCUUCGCCAACCGCCGCCUCCUCCGCGACACCCUCGCCUCGAAACCCGAAUCCGACCGCCGCCCGCCGCCGUCCUGGAAACCCGCGCAUCCUCCUCCUCCCUCCUACAGCCGUGCCGACUGGGUCCUCCUCUGGCGCGUCCGCCACGACCUCGUCCGCGUCCCCAUCUUCGCCCUAGUCCUCCUCGUCUGCGGCGAGUUCACCCCCCUCAUCGUGCUCGCCAUCGACGGCAUUGUCCCAUACAGCUGCCGCUUGCCGCGCCAGAUCGGCGCGUCCAUGGCCGCCGCCGAGGACCGCCGCCGCGCCUCCUUUACCCGUCUCGAGAUCGAUUACCCGCGCGGCGUCCUCGCGGAAGAGGAGAACGUCGGCGCCGCCCGCCGUGCCGCUAGGCAGCAUGUCUUGCGGAGUCUGCAUCUCCCCGGUGCUAUGUGGGAUAAGUUGGGCUUCAUGCCCCCGGGCAUGUGGUUUAUCAAGGGCCAGUUGAGGAUGGGGUUCUUGGAGGGCGACGACAACUUGCUGUUGCAGGACGGCGCCUUGUCUGACCUGGUGCACGAGGAGCUCAGGAUCGCCUGUGCAGAAAGAGGGAUCGGCGUCAUAGGACGUGGGGAUGGGGAGUUACGGGAACUUUUGGGUGAUUGGUUGCGGCUGACGGCAGACGAGGACGCCGUUGCGAAGAGGAAACGCAUGACCGUGCUCUUGACGACAAGAGUGGAAAACUGGCCAACGACUCGCGACUUUUCCCUGCCUACAUGGCACCUGUAACCGCUUGUCCUGCAUGGAUUGGUCCUGUACGAGUAUGCCACGUCGGUUCUGGACCCCGGGACGACAUGUAUCAUUUCUUCUGCCGAUUUGCGAAUCGCAUCAUCUGUGGGUUUAGGAAAUAGGGAAUGAAGAGGCGGGCGGGCGAUGGGCGCCGAAGACUAAAAAAAUCAAAACACUAGAUGAGGAGUAUCCAGGAGUGGUGAUAGACGUGACUGAAUCAGAUCCCUGGGUCACAAAUGUAUGGGCUCCAGCCAUAGAGACUGUAUCAACUGAAUAGAUAGUGAAUUAAAGAAGCCUCGAUAACUAAUGUUUGGCUGAUGUCCCAGGGC